AUGGAUAGUGGAAAUGGCCCUGUGACAGUUAUGGAUGAGAGUCCCACAUCCAGCCCCAGCUCCAGUCCUGACAUGCUGACCACCGACAGUCGGCGUCCGGAGGCCCUGCAGCUCUCCAGGGUGGUCCAGGCCGGUGGGCUCUGUGGCAGAGGACGGCCGGCAGCAACCAACGCAGCGCGGGAGAGGAGUCGAGUGCAGACCCUGAGAAGCGCGUUCCUGGAGCUACAGAGGACUCUGCCGUCGGUGCCACCGGACACCAAACUGUCCAAGCUCGACGUGUUGAUUUUGGCCACCACGUACAUUGCCCAUCUGACUCAGACCUUGCAAGAGGAAGGGAUGGAUGAGGGAGAUAGCACUAGACAAACAGAGGCCUUACGCUCGCUGAAAGGUGAUGGUUACCUGCACCCUGUGAAAAAGUGGCCGAUGCGAUCCAGGUUAUACGUCGGAGCCAGCGGUCAGUUUCUGAACAAUUCAAAACAGACAGAAAAUCGAGAUGCAUCAUCGUCAACCUCACAGACAUAA